CGCAAAUAUGCAGUCCUGACUCCUGACUCCUGAGUCCUGAGACUCAUUGUCGUUGAGAGAGCUGGUUCCUGCUCGCUCCAGAGAGAGCAGUCCCUUGCGUUGAAGGACGACGCCAAUGGCCUGUUUGACACGCAGUCUCCACCGCAGUCCUUCAUUCCUUUCUCGCCCUGUUGCUUCUGUCCAUCGCCAAUUGUCUCGCAGCAUACCCUCACCACCUUUGCUGCAGUCCAGCCCGUUGGCAGCCGCUGCUCCCUUCAGAAGUACCACCUUUUGGGGUGUCACACUCUCCAAUCAAAGUAGCAAGUUGAAACCUUUGCAGUAUCGUGAAGAAAAGGUCCCUUUGCAACAUCGAUUUGUGGCCAUGGCGUCUUCCGAGGCACCUCUUGAGUCAUCGGCGAAAACUCCUGGAGUGGCGGACACUGUAGAUCCUGAGACGCAAGAGUAUAUCAUGCAACAAACGAUGUACAGGAUCAAGGACCCGAAAGUGUCUCUGGACUUCUACACCCGAGUUCUCGGAAUGAGGCUUCUGAAGCGAUUCGACUUCCCGUCCGCGAAGUUCUCCCUCUAUUUCGUCGGAUAUGCAGACCCUAAGGAGAUUCCCGACGACCCGGUCCAAAGAGGCAUCUGGACGUUCAGGCAGAGGGGCACCGUUGAGCUGACGCACAACUGGGGCACCGAGAGCGACCCCAACUUCAAGGGCUACCACAAUGGCAACACCGACCCCAAGGGCUACGGCCACAUCGGGCUGUCCGUGCCUGACGUGUACAAGGCAUGCGAGCGGUUUGAGAAGCUGGGCGUCGAGUUUGUCAAGACGCCCGACGGCGGUUCAAUGAAAGGGCUCGCAUUCAUUAAAGAUCCUGACGGUUACUGGAUUGAGAUUCUGAACGCGGAGAACAUCACCAAGUCGUCUUGAUCACUGCUUGGCUCCACCUCAGAUUAGUUGUGGUCUCAUCGCGAGAUCAGAGAUUUUUUUUACGUCCAAGGCUAGCAUGCGGCUAGAAGAAGAUGAGGGAAAAAGCAUGCGACGCUAGCAUAAUAUGCAAGGCAACCGGUACUGAAAAAACAACUGUGUAGAACUCAGGAAAGAUACUGCAGUCACUGGGGCAUGACACGUGAGACAGUAUUUUCCAUCUUUUGGCCGAGAGCCUGCUCGUCACCACUUAUCCUCAGCCGCGUUGAAGCACCAUAAUAUGUUAAGCUAGCAAAAGGUUGUGCAUCAGAACCAGGCAUGCACGCGUCAUGGAUCGACUUGCACCAGCCAUGAGCUGUGGAACAGUACAGGCACCAUGCAGGCUCGAAGGAAGUUAUGAGGUGGCUUCUGUUCUGCAACUUUGUUUGCAAUGCUCUCAGUCCGUGUAUGCAGCGGCUCCG